GUGUUCGACUGUAAUCCAUGUCUUGCAUAGAAAAGCUCUGGCGAGCUCUGGCUUCAGUACAUAUUAGGGCCUUCUCUGUCAUUCUCGUCUAAACUGAUUAGGAAUAGAAGUUACAAAAUUGCGUAAUACACCAUUUACGAUAGUUAUCAGAGAAAGAAAUUCUGCGGGAUCGUAGAAAGUGGACAUUUUUUAUACAAACAUCUUAAUUCUGUUGCAUGAAUAUGAAUGCCAGCUUCCCAUGUUGCAUGAUUGUCCAAAUUGUGGAUUCUCAUUUUGCAGUAAAUGCCUGAAACUGAAAACAGCAAUUCCCAAGUUGGGCAAUUCUGUAUGUAAAGUGUGCAGAUCCUGCUACGCAGCACUUACUGAGAGGGAUAAAAAUGGAAAACCAUCCAAGGAGGAAUAUUGUCCUCCAGAACCUUUUCUCAGGAGACUGGAAUCUCUGGAAAAUCCUUCACGACCACCCAUAACCUUAUAUCGAAAAGAUCAACGUAUGCAGCAGUUGAAGGUGGGUCUAAAUGAGGUGGACUGUGAGAUUGUGGAGCGGCUGGAGAAGCUGCGAGAGGAGAGGAAACAGCAGCCUGUGCCUACAGAAGAAGAGAUGGCAAAGAGAUUGGCAGUACUCAAAGGAGAAGACCCAGCUAGGAUGGUAUCAUUAGUGGCAGAUACCAAGAAGUAUGUGCCUCCUGAUACAUUAACAAGCCAAGAAAAGGCAGAUAACCUUCUUCACCAGUAUUUUCAAGAACAUGAACUUGAUUCGAGACAACCAGAUGCAGUAGAUGAAAUUGCCCAACGCCUUGCCAAAUUGCGAGGUCAAGAUACUUCAUCUGGUCCACCCUGUACAGUUGAAAAGAAGAUACUAAAUGAGAGUGCUAUAGUUGACACCAAAGGAAGUCUCGAUUCCAUGUCAGAAAAUGAUGUGAAUGACUUAAUUGUUCAAACAGAAAAGGAUAUGAGACACAAUAUUCACCAGAUGAAAGACCUGGAGAAAGACACCAAACACUACUUGAGAGCUACAAAAAUUGAACUAUCAGCUCAGAUACCAACUGAGGAGGCUGAGAGCUCUGAUGAAGAAAUAGAGAAAACAAUACAGAAGGCUCUUGAUGAAGUGGCCAUAGAGAAGGAACUAGAGGAGGAUUCUGAAGACAAUGAGAUGGAGGAGGAAAUACCAUGGUGUAUCAUUUGUAAUGAAAAUGCAACUAUCAGGUGCAUAGAUUGUGAUAAUGAUCUUUAUUGCAAGAGUUGCUACACUCAAGGCCAUGAUGAAUGGCAACUUCAGCAUCACAGGAAUGUGCCUUUCACACCCAAAGAGUGAAACUGUAAUUUUACAUCAUUUUUUGCUAUAUAUGCUUGUUGCACAUUGUUGCAUGUUUGUAUUACAGUGACAGAUAUAUGUAAAGGUGUAACAGUUAAUUUGUUUCUGCUUAAAAACAGAGAGGGUUCAGUAACUAUUAGUGAGUGGUCACCUUCAAGCUAUGCCUUUAAUUUGAAUGUCUUUGCUAUACCUGGAAAUAUUGCUGAAAUGCUCCUUUGAAUAGCCACAAAUGAUAAAAAAUGAGACUCCUCCUUGAAGACUUUCAUUUUUGGCAACAUGAAACAGAAAAUUGCUCAUUUGUUCAAUGAGCGAUGUGAUAUUGUUUGAUGAACAUGCUGUGUAAACCUUUCAGUACUUGGAAGAUUUAUUUCAUUGGUUUCACUGAUUUCGAGGAACAGAUUCAUAAUAGAUAAAUCUUUCAGUAUAAAAGCAGGUAAGCAUAAUUUUAACCUUUGAUUUCAAUAUUCACAUAUUUUUCAGUGUGUUGUGGCAUGACUUUUAUUGGAGAUUUCAGCAUUUUGUUUCUGGUCUGUACUGGAGAUUUAAGUCUUAUCACCAGCCACUGUAUUUUCCAAAAGAUACGGACUUGUUUUCUAAUUUUCUGGCAAAGUAACAACAAACUGAAUCUCAGUGUUUAUAGAAAGCAAAAUUAUGUGAUGUGCUGUAUCACAUGCAAACUCAUGUUGUCAUUUGCUGCACAAGAAUAUUAGCCAAUUUAUAUUUGUUAGACCUCACAUUUUUGUAAUGAAGGCUGGAAAUAUGAAUUAAUAAAUUGUAUAUAUAUGUAUGAUAGUGUAGAAUAUAUAAGCUUUUUUAAAUACUGUGUAGAAAUUGUUAAUAAAAUACUUAAAGGCUA